AUGGUGGCAGGUGACUUCAAUGUCAUUUCCAAAUAUAGUGAACAGUCUGGGAGGACCUUUUCUAAUGAACACAACAUAGAGGAGUUUAAUGACACCAUGUUUAACUGUGGGUUGGUUGAAGUUGACUUCGAUGGUUCACCUUUUACUUGGACGAACGGCACUAUGUGGCAGCGCCUGGACAGGGCACUAGUCAAGGAAACUUGGUCGAAUAUGUUUGGAGUAACUAAAGUAUCCCACUUGGUCCGUGGGUUCCUCAUUCCGUUUUCUCAAUAUCUGGGAAAAACACCUGACCUUUUUGGAAACGAUACAAGAAGCUUGGCAAGAACCAAUACAGCUAGGGGAAUGCAUGGUUUCUUCAGAAAAUUGGUCCAUACCAAAACAAAAUUUCGGCAGUGGAAUGCCCAAUGUUUUGGUAAUAUCGCACAAGCGGUAAAGCUGGCCGAGGAGAAGUUACAUCAAUGCGAGUCUGAGUUUCAGCUACGGCGGGAUGAUGUUUCGAAGUCCAAGGCUUGGGCAACAUUUACUCUGGCUUUGGCUGUAGAAGAUGAAUUUUGGAGACAAAAAUCGGCUAUAAAAUGGAUCCAGGUGGGAGAUGCCAAUACGCGAUUUUUCCAUUCUGUGGUCAAGCAGAGGCGAAAUGCUAAUUUUAUUUUCCGUAUUAAAAGGGAUAAUGGUCAUUGGAUUGAAGAUGAGUCGAGAAUUAAGGAUUUAGCAACCUAA